AGAGCGAGCUCGCGAGCUGUCUGCACGGGUCGCGCGCGUGGUGGAGAACUAGUGGCUUUAGUAGAAUAACUAUUGGGUUUAGUAGAACUAUUGGCUUUAGUAGAACUACUGGAUUGUUCCGACAGGCUAAAGGGGAGACGACAAAGCGAGCGAGGUAGGGAGAGAGUUGAUCGCAAGGCAAAGCCAGGGGUUACAGAGGUGGGGGAACAGAUACACUCAGAGACGCGCAUCAAUUGAAAAGAAGAAGAAAUCCGAUGUGCACGGUUGGGCGCGUACGGUGCGAAAUAAGUUCAACGUACCGCACUGAUAUAGCGCAGAGGCACGGGGUUAUAAUCGAGAGAUAGAGAGAGCGACUGAGAUAGGAGGACAGCGUUUUGUUGUCAACACAAACUUAAUACGAGAACAGAGAGAGAGACGGAGAACCGCGGGGAGACAGGUAACGGGGGUAGUUGGAGGGGUGGUAGAACAAAGCGGCAAAGUGAGACAGAACCAGGCAAUUGUCAAGCAAGAGACAGAAGGACAGCAAGGGAGAGACACGGGGAGAGAGCCACAGACAGACGGAGAGAGAUGAAAUGAAAGGAUAGAGAGAGAGAGAGAGACACACGAAAAGCGAGAGAGAGAAUUUUUUAAAAAUAUAAUAAAAAAUAAAGAAACAAGAAAAGAAAGAGACAAAAUUUGAGAGAGACGUGAGCACACGGUCCGAGCAAGCGAGACUUGGCAGAGAGACACAGAAGCAGCAGAGACCCAGAUAGACACAGAAUCAGACCCCAGAGAGACAAAGUCGGGGCAGAAGCGAUGGAAGGAGCUGUCCCGUGCGAUUACUGCCUCGGAGGAUCAGCAGCAGCAGCAGCUGCCGUGAAAACCUGCCUCACCUGCUUGACCUCGUUUUGCGAGGAACACCUGAGACCACACAAGGAGAACGCCCUGCUCCGCACGCACCAGCUGAUUGAGGCGACGCGCAACGUGGCGGAGAAGCUUUGCCCGACUCACGCCCGAGUCCUCGACUUCUUCUGCGAGCGCGAGCAGCGGCCCCUGUGUCACGAGUGCUCCCUUGGCUCCGAGCACCGAACGCACCGGCACACGGCGCUGGAGGAGACGUGCAGGGCCAAGCGGGUGAGCGGGUGCUCCACCGACUCUGAAACACUCGACGAAAAAACACUCACCGACUCUGACAUGCUCACCGACUCCGAUAUUGGCUCACCAUACGCUCACCGACUCUGA